GCAAAAUCAUCUGCAAAAAAAAAAGAGGAUUGAAGAUCAGCAGCACUCGCUCAAACUUCAGCAUGGGAAGCUUCGCGGAGGACAGGGUUCGGGCUCGGAUGUAGAGCAUGCUUAGGGAAAGGUAAGACGGCGAUUUGGCUAGGGCGGGCUGGCUGGGCGACUGGUUCGUGUCGCUUCCUCGUCUGGCAGCACAGCGCCGUCGUCUGCCAGUCUCGCCAGUUCGCUAUGCUUGCGCUUGCAUCAGCGUGCCUGUGUGCUUUUUAGAUGCCUGAGGGCGGCAAGCUGGCAGCAGCUGGUCAAACACGGCAUGGGCGGGACGCUGCACGCGUAAAGUGCCCUUCCAGACCGCCUGGCGCUGGUGGAGGGUGAUUAGGAUAGCGAUUAUUCAUGGAUGGCUGCCGCUUACGGCAAUUCCUGCUGCUGGCAAAGUUUGGAUGUGGCAGACAGCGGCCUUCAUUCGUGGUGUAUGCUCCGCCUUGGCGGGUGCAGGUGGCCGCGAUGCGUAAGGGAUCUCACAUUCUCUGAUCAGUCGUCGUGUCUGAGACGGCAGCGCUCCGGGGAGGCAGCAGGCCUACCAUGUAGGCUGCAGGUCGUUGAUGAGGCCCACCAGCGCUAUCGUUUCUUCGUUUGUGGCCGGAUGGUGUCCCACUGUCGCAGUGCGCACUGGGAAGGUCGUGUGUGGUGGGGUGGAAGAUGGCUGAAGCCCCUCUGGACGCGCACUAUGCAUCGCCUGCGAAUGAGGGGGCGCCAAUCAGACGGGUCGGGAGCGCUGAGGCUGUAUCGCGCGGCGCAGCUGGUGCUGGGGUGGUUUGGCGCAGGGAUUGAUUAUUCACGUUGCUCGUGCUGUACUUGUUGUAGUAGUAUGUAAUUAGCCCGCGCGGCUUGGCUGCUAGCAGCGUCGGUC